UUAUCCAUCUGAGGCAUCAAGACAAGAAGUCAGACCUCAGGGAACACCUGAAAAUGGUUAUUUAUGGCAGAGAGUGAAUUCCCAAUUAAGCUCCCCUAGCCAGCCAUAUUCCUUGAGAGAAGCUCUGGCUCAGGCACAGUCUUCUAGGAUUGGAGCUUCUGCACAAGCACUUCGAGAAUCUUUGCACCCGAUAUUGAGACAAAAAUUGGAGCUUUGGCAGAAAACUUGAGUGCUUCUGUCAAUCUCCAGGUUUUGGAAAUAACACAGAUUUUCCAUGAUGGCUGCCUCCCAUAGCAUCUCUACUGACUAUGGAAAACUUGAUUGUAUCACAGCCAUAUUAAUGAGCUUCUUUUCCCGAAAUCAACCUCUGUCUUUCUGGAAAGCUUUGUUUUCUGUCUUCAACAAUGUCUUUGAUCUUCAUGGAGGAACUCUAAUGGCAAGGGAGAAUGAUCGUUUCUUAAAGCAAGUGACUUUCCAUCUACUUCGACUGUGAAGAGUUCCUUCUAUUGCUUCAUGCAGACAGCAAGGUUAAGGGUCAUGCUGAUUAUCACAUUAUCGGAGCUGAUGUACGAUGUGCAAGUGACUCAGAUGAAGCCGGACGGAACGCUAGAGGAAAGUGGUGAAGCACGACGGCUUAGAAAAUCUUUGGAGGAAAUGUCAGAUGAAGCUAAAAGCCCCAACCUAUUGAGGGAGUGUGGACUCUCUGAUAGUGCUCUGGUAACAAUUCCGGAAAGGUCGGAAGAGAACAGGUGGUCCUGUUCAGAGGUGAAAUAUCUCUCUGACAGUCUUCUUCUUGCCCUUGAUGGAAGCUUGGAGCAUGCACUAUUGGGAUCUGUGAUGACUAUGGAUAGAUAUGCAGCUGCUGAAAGUUUCUACAAACUUGCAAUGGCAUUUGCGCCCGUCCCAGAUCUUCACAUAAUGUGGUUGCUACAUUUAUGUGAUGCACAUCAGGAAAUGCAGUCUUGGGCUGAAGCUGCCCAGUGUCCUGUGGCUGUUGCUGGUGUUGUGAUGCUGAUGCAAUUAGUAAACUGUUAUUGGGGCUUGUGGUUCAACCACCCUCAGUCCUUAUAUGGAAAGUUGACCUUAGAAAAUCUGCCUAACUAUUUCCCCAUUUUCUCACCUUGUACAGUGCAGAGCUGUAAAAUUGACUUCAUGAUUUGCUUACUGUUGCGUAAAAAUUAACUGCCAUCUGCUCAUAUGUCUAAUUAAAUUUACUGCAGGCCCUUGUGGCUAGAAAUGAUGUCGUUUGGAGCAAGGAUCAUGUAACUGCUCUUCAUAAAAUUUGCCCAAUGGUGAGCAAUGAGAUCACAUCAGAGGCUUCUGCUGCUGAGGUAGAGGGAUAUGGUGCUUCAAUGCUCACAGUUGACUCUGCAGUGACGUACCUUCAGCUUGCUAAUAAGCUUUUCUCUCAAGCUGAGCUCUUAUCACUUCUGUGCCAGCAUUCUUGAGCUUGUAAUUCCAGUUUAUAAAAGCAGGAGGGCAUAUGGGCAGCUGGCUAAAUGUCACACAUUACUCACUACUAUCUAUGAAUCAAUUCUUGAGCAGGAAUCAAGCCCAAUUCCAUUCACUGAUGCCACAUACUAUCGGGUGGGAUUCUAUGGUGAUAGAUUUGGGAAGCUUGAUAGAAAGGAGAAUGUAUACCGGGAGCCCCGUGACAUUCAGCUAGGUGACAUAACGGAGAAACUUAGUCAUAUAUAUGAGUCUAGGAUGGACGGCAAUCACACUUUACACAUUAUUCAAGAUUCAAGACAAGUGAAGGCAGAUGAAUUACA